AUGGACCGUGCCUCACUCUCUUCCUCCGAGCGCCUGGCCAUGGGCCCGUCGUGCCCCAAGGCCAGGGAAGCGACACAAACACACACAUAUGCCUCCCAUCCUCCGACAAAUCGCGGUUCUCGUGCAGCAGCCGCCCUCGCAAUCGUCGCCCAAACCUUGGCCCACGACGGCACGGCCUUGGACAAGCUGUCUUGCCCCGUCACGCCCUCCUUCAUGACCACCUGUUGCCAGACUCUCCAGCUGCGCAUGGCCAUUGUCGUCCUACCCCAGCACGUCGUUGCCCAUCACACACCGCCGCUCACGUGGCAUCCCACCAACGACCACGUCCCCGUCAUCGGCAUCGUCCUCUGCCCUCACCACCCCUCAGCUCACCACCCCUCGCCCGCCUCGUACGCCUUGUCACAUGAUGCCUUCUCGUGCCUUCAGUUCCGACCGAGAACAGGCAGCGAGAAUCAGGCUCGCGCGUGUGCGUCGUCGCUCCAGCACGCUGACCGGCAGACCAUUGUGUCGUACCCGUGGCGUGUCUCUGUCACCGAAUUCCAUCAUCAUACCCUUGCCCAGCUCCUCCGAUCGCGUGUUGUACAACUGGCCUCGUGGACCGUGUUCUCAUGA